AUGCAACAUAAAACAUUAUCAUGCAAUUUCGACAUCACCUAUCUGUAUACCAUCAACAACUUCACCACAAUAAAUGCCGGUUCAUAUAAAAAAGGCGGCCGACUCAAAACCGACCAAACCCACCACGUCAGCAAAACCACAACCUCGAAGCUUCCUCCAGCAAAUGACACGCUCACACGUGUCCUCUAUUUCCAACGGCUACUUUUCCCGUACUCGAAUAUAAAACACAUAAACAUUUGGUGUUGUUUCCCUCUGAAGAACAUCCGUUACAGCAAUCCCUAUUUACGACAACAAGAAAUUAGGGUUCAUAUCCCCCAUUUGAAAACAAGGAUUAAAAUGGCAUUGGGUAGGAGUUACAGCUUAGGGUUAGUAAAACGCACGAGUUCAUUUGGUAGGAAGAGGAUUCUGAUUUUGAACGAAAUGGAUAUUGAUUCUAUCGAUACGAUUUCGCCCACGAAGAAACGAUCAAUGGGAAACAGUUUUAGUGCCAGUAGAUCGUUGCUGGAAGCUCUCCCUCAGGAUAUUCUCAUUAGGGUCUUGUGUGGUGUAGACCAUGAUGAUCUGAAGAGGCUGUUUCAUGUAUCUAAACCAAUUAGAGAAGCUGCUAUUAUAGCAAAGAAACUGCAUUUUGAAUAUAAUACACCAAAAAAGGUCCCUGCUUUUCGAUCCACCAUAGAACCAUCAUCACUUGAGUUUGAUGAAAUUGGAGCUCCAAGACAAUUGAGAGUAGCUCGUUCUCGAUUGGAUAGAAAAAAACUGGCUUCCAUUUCGGUUGCCUUAUUUACUUCUGAUGCUGAAGAUGAAGGGUUUUCAAGGAGGAAUUUGUAGAAAGUAUCAACUUUUUUUGUAAAUAGAGAGGAAAGAUAGAGAAGAUGGUGUUGUUUGUAGAAGCAAUUUAGGGUUCUUCAAUUGUUCCAUUGAAGAUUAUGGGGUUAUGUGCUUUGUACAUUUAGGAAAGAAAGUAUAGACACUUGUCAGUGUAUUGAUAUUUAUGAAGAUGUAAUUUUGAUUAUUGUUGGUUUUUUGUUAAAAACCAAAUCUUUACUUCAAUGUAAUUAUGUUUUCCACUUCUUUUGUUAUGAUAUACUAUUUAGUUAUUAAGAAUUGU